AUGCAUGGUGAUUUUAACGCCGCGCAACUUCCCGAAGUUCGCGUCUCCGCCGUCCCCGACGGAAAACCAUCCGGUGAGCUCGUCACGCAAUGA